AGCCGUCCGGCGCCCGUCUAGCCAGUAUCUCCACUCUCCGGCAGCCAUGGACCCCGUCAGCCUGAUCCUGUUCGCCGUUGUGGCCAUCCUGCACGCCGUCGGCUUCCUGCUUCCUGAGAAGAGGCGCCACGAGCUCGGCCGCGUGCUCCGCGUCGCCAUCGGCGGCGGCACGGUCGCCCGGCCGCCGCCGCCGCCGCCGACCGCUGCCCCGCCGGCGACGACGAGGCUCUGGCGCUCACCACCUAGACCGUGGAGUCUGCCCAUCCUGGGCAACAUGGUCCAGCUGGGCCUGAAGCCCAACCCGUACGAGUGCAUGACCGACAUGAGCAAGAAGCUGGGCGCCGUCUACGGCCUGAGACUGGGAGGCACCGAGGCGCUCGUCGUCAACGACAUGGCCAGCAUCCGCGAGGUGCUCAUCACCAAGGGCGACCACUUCGACGGCAGGCCCAACUUCCUGCGCUACGACGCCCUGUUCGGAGGAGACAGGGAUAACUCUCUGGCCCUGUGCGACUGGUCUAAGAAGCAGGCUUCCAGGCGCAACGUGGCGCGCCUUUUCAUGCACGUCCGACCCGGCACGGACGUCUUCCAGAUGCUGAACGACUCUGUCCAGACCGAGAUGACCACCCUGGAACAAAUGCUAAGGGAUGCUCGCGGAACACCCGUGGCCUUCAAGCCGCUCAUCCAGAACAUCUCGUGCAACAUUUUCUCCGAUUAUCUUUGCUCGAAGAAGUUCGACAUCAACGAGCCGAAAUUCCAGAAGCUCGUGCGUAACUUCGACGAGAUCUUCUGGGACAUUAACCAGGGAUACGCCAUGGACUUCAUCGGGUGGCUGAAGGUGUUCCGCCUGGGCACCAUCAGCACGCUCAAGAGGCUCUCUGUGGAUAUCCGCCAGUUUAUCAACGAUGAGAUCAUCAACGGCCACAAGGACAGCAUCGACUACGAAAACCCCAGGGACUUCGUGGACAUGCUCCUGAAACGCAUGAAGACUGAGGAGGGAGGUCAUGAGCAGAUCUCCGAGGUCACCGCCCUUUACGAGCUGGAGGACUUCAUCGGAGGUCACUCGGCGGUGGGCAACAUCAUCAUGCAAACCAUCACACAGAUCGCUCGCAACCCCGAGGUCAUGGCCAAGAUCCAGGAGGAGCUGGAUUCGCAGGUCGGUGACCGCCAGCUGAGCCUGGAUGACCGCGCCAGCCUGCCGUACACCGAGAGCACCAUGUACGAGGCGCUGCGCGUGUGCAGCAGCCCCAUCGUGCCGCACGUGGCCUCCUGCGACUCCAACGUCGGCGGCUACGACGUCCGCAAGGGCACCAUGGUCUUCAUCAACAACUACGAGCUCAACAUGAGCCCCCAGCUGUGGUCGGAGCCGGAGCGUUUUGACCCGGCCCGGUUCGUGCGCGGAGGUAAGGUGGUCAAGCCGCCGCACUUCCUGCCCUUCUCCACGGGGAAGCGCAGCUGCAUGGGCUCCAAGAUGCUGACCAACGUCACGUUUCUCACCGUGGCCACGGUGCUGUCAAAGUUCGACGUGCUCUUCCCCGAGGACGCUGCCAACUCGCGGAUGGUGGCGGAACACAUGCGUCCCGGCAGUCUGGCUCUGCCUGUUGACUCGUUCAAGCUGGUCUUCCGGGAGCGGACCGUUCAGUAGACAUUUGAGCGUCUCACAACCUGGAACUUAGCCUAAAAAUCGACAGUGGUGCCAUAAGCUGAAGCGUUUGCUCUAUAGAACUGCAACGACGUAUCGUUGUGAUGAUAACUAACUCGUAUCGCUGAAUGUUCUCUGAAGAAUGAAACGUCAGGAACUGCUUGCAUCACUGCCUGGCCAUCCGCGGAUGGUGUUGCUGACUUUCUGGGCCGGGCUGCGGGCUCUUCCACUGCCUGGUCGUCCAGGGUUUGGUGUUGUUGACUGUGCUGGCUGAGCUGUGAUCUCUGUUACCUGAUCUCUGUGAGUGAGUCUUGUGAGGUGUUGUGGGACGCCAUCUCGGCAAACGUUUGCAGGGCCUGCGGCCGAAGGGCCGAUGUGUUGUGUAGUCAGGUGUACAUAUGUAUUUAUUACUUAAACUUGUUGUAGAAGUGAUGAACUUUUGCUGUACCAUACUGGCUGGAAUAUCGCGUGUUAUGUACUUGCGUUUUAUUUUAUUCUUGCAAGAGUUUGGGAUGGUGCUAUAUGAUCACUAGCGAGUAGUUGUUAUCGACAUUUUACAUUUUGAUAUUUAUUUGAUUGCUUCUAGUUUUCAUGAAGAGAAGAACCGUUAAGGAUGCCAUGCAGUUAGUCUGAUUGCUUGAUUCUGCCUGAAUGCCUGCAAUCCUACCUGCUGCUUUUUAUACAUUUUUUUUUAUAAUUCUGUAUUGUUUGUGAAUAUUUAUUUCCCCAUUUUCCAUGACUGAUGUGUAACCACUAACUGGUGUUAUCGACACUUCCUCCUUCAGCAGGGCACGGUGAUCUAUAUGUUCGUUGCCAAAGUACUUCGGUAUUCUGACGUGAAUGAGGUGUGGUGCUUACUCACCGUGCGCAAAUGUGAGUUGUUGUUAUGCGCUAUCCGAAUGUUUUGCCGUAUAAUAUGCUAGGGAAUAACUGGCUACUUUCCAGGACCUGGUAUUGGCUCUACGCUAAUAAAUCAUCAACGAUAAUUA